CCUUUAAUUAUAAGACAAUACAUUUCUAAAAACUCGUUUAUCUUUGCAUAUGGACAGAAAAACCCAGCAUUACGUGUAUCACGUUUCAGUCUUUUAAAAGAUAUCAGCCAUGGAAACAGGUUGCCUAAAUGGCAGCUUGGUGACCUCAGCUUUGUUCCACCAACAUCAGACUUGGAAAACGCAACAGAGUGGGACCUCUCGCACCAGGCUCCUCUCUGUUACUACACUUAUACACCACGCCUCUUUUCAGUCACGCUGUCCGGUCAACUGCCUUCACUAAAUUGUACAUUUACAGCUUUAACUACCUUUAACUUCCUCUUAUUGUAACGCCAAAUGUAAGGAUAAUAUGUGCUGUAGCGUUAGAGGUUUCUGUCAACUGUUUCUGAUGAACGACAUCAGCGGGCGACCUCCGUCUGUGUGUGUUAUUCAACCGGUUGUGUAACAAACGUUAGCUAACGUCAGUGUUUGCUACAUCAAAGUCAGGUGCUAGGAGAGCUUAGCAUUAUCUGUAGCUGUUUCGGUGGGUUCAUUGUCUUUCCAGAUGUUUUCCAGAGUCAGAAUAUGUUUGACCAGAUUACCCACUUGUGUAAAUUCAAGUGCAGCGGUAAGAGUGACCCCUGCCCUCUGCAGACAUCAGCACCGGACCUUCAGCUCUGAGUCUGCUGCUGUCAAGGUGCUGUAUGAUGGGCUUUGUCCCAUAUGUGUGACGGAGAUCCGCUUCCUCCAGUUUCUGCAGAGAAACCAGCCCGGGAAGGUGGACUUUAUUGAUAUCUCCCUGUCAGGCUAUGAUGGAGAGAAAUAUAAGGGUGUCAGCUAUGAGAUGGCCAUGGAGGAAAUGCAUGUGAUUGAUGAGAAAGAAGAGGUUCACCGUGGGAUCCCAGCAUUUGCAGUCAUGUACGGUGCCGUGGGCCUCGGCUGGCUGGGUCGCUUCAUGAUGUGGCCACCUGUGAGGCCAUUUAUGGACAAAUCCUACGCCAUCUUUGCCAGGAAUCGCCUUAAGUGGACUGGGCGUGGGGAGGAGUGCACCACAGGACGCUGUGAAAAGAAAACGCAUUAACUCUUGACCACAGAAACAAUGAUGUAUGUUUAAUAUGUUAAUUGACUGUGAAGAAGAACGGGAUAAGUACCACAUGGUUAUUGCAGUUUAAUCAUUGCUUUACCACAAACUGGAAAAGCUUCAGACUAUUUUUUCGCUGAAGGGAAAUAUUGGCUGCUGGAUUAAAUGUGUAUGUUGUGAAACCAUUGUUUAGUGCAGGAUGUCUGUUAGUGUGACUUGAUAAUCUUCAGUUAGAUCAGUUAAAACAAUGCAAACAUCUACAGUUACAAUAUAUACAAACAUUAAAAUUAAUGGUAGCAAGAUAAAGCAGAAACACUUAAAUGUUUCUGCAAUCUCCUGAAAAUGUCCUGAAUAUUAAAAAUUGAUUCAUAAUGAUGAGCUUCAUAUUAAAAAUUCUAAGAAAUGUAACUGAAAGAGGAUUUGCUAUCGUAAGACAGAACAACAGAAAAUAGAAUGAGAAAAAUCAGCCACCAGAGAAAGAGCCUUUCUGCAAAGGAUAAAGAGUAAUGAUGUCCUUUAUAUGACAUUGUCAUACUAUGGCAAAUAUAGAGAGAUAAGACUGAAAAUCACUGGAGCAAAAUACACUAAAUUUCCUGUUGUACACAGUAUCUCAAAUUGAGGUUGAUUCAGAAGCAGAUAGAUAAAGCAAACUGUCAGGAAUCUGCCACUAGAUGUCAUUGUAAGUCAAAAAUAAUAACUAUGAAAGAGAGUGAUGGUUUAGUAGAUUUUUUUUUCUUACAGAGCUCAGUGACAUCAAUAUUUAGCAGUUCUGACAAUAAAGGAAACUCAAAAACCCAAA